AUGCACCAAUAUCAGAACCAUCUCAAUCCCUCCCCUUGCCCCCUCUCUUUCCCCUUGCGCGCUCACCUUUCAUUUACCCCCUCCCCCCUCCUUCAACCACUCCCCCUCCCCUUCACUCUGCCUUUACGCUUGCCCUUCCCCCCCUCCCCUUUCCUUUACCCCUUUCCCCUACCCCUCCCCUACCCUUCCCUAUCCCUCCCCUACCCCUCCCAUACCACUCCCCUACCCCUCCCUACCCCUCCCCUACCCCUCCCCUACCCCUCCCCUACCCCUCCCUACCCCUCCCUACCCCUCCCCUACCCCUACCCUACCCCUCCCUACCCCUCCCUACCCCUCCCCUACCCCUCCCCUGCACCUCCCCUACCCCUCCCCUACCCCUCCCCUAUUCCUCCCCUACCCCUCACCUACCCCUCCCCUACCCAUUCCCUACCCUCCCAUACCCCUCCCCUACCCCUCCCCUACUCUCCCCUACCCCUCCCCUAUCCCUCCCUUACCAUGCCACACAGGGAUAAUGCCUCACCCUCCGCUGCACGGCUUCCGGCGGCACUGCUUCCGGGAACCGCUGCACCUGCCUCUUCUACACCAACUCCCGUCCCCCGGAUUGACCGACAUCCGCCCCUGGAUUUCCGCCCCCACUGCAUGGGCCCACUGGUCAUAAUGGGCAACCUGGGAGCUGCUGACGUGGCGGACGUGUGCGAGAGGUGGGGGGUUGCUAGGUGCCCCGUGGCAAUGCUGUCCCAAGGAGCCCCUUGA